UCAGUCUGUUCUCCAGUCGUUCUUUGCCUCCCGACUUCAACUGUUUAGCUUCCUCCCCCCUGUUCACUCACGCAAUGCAGUUCGCUCUCUUCGCAUCCCUCGCUAUUCUCUGCAGCACUGCCCUUGCUGCCCCUUCUCAGCGCCGUGGUGACGACUCUCUGGUCGACGUGGGUGUCUUCGUGGAUAAUGUCUUGAACGGUGCGGAUCUCAACGUCAUCACUCAGCACAAGCGGGGAGGCUCGGACGCUAGUUUGGCUGACGUCGACGUUUUGGUCACCAAUGUGGCCAACGACGCUGACCUCGACGUUCUCACUCGGCGUGAUGGUUCUUUGGCCGACGUCGCUGCUUUAGUCACCAAUGUGGCCAACGGCAUUGACCUCGACGUUCUCACUCGGCGUGAUGGUUCUUUGGCCGACGUCGCUGUUGUGGUCACAGAUGUAGCAAACAAGCUUGACCUGGACGUGCUUGACCAGUAAAUCUGCCUGCGGCAUGGUGCCCCAUAUUGCCCGUCGGAACUGUGGGAAUGGAUGUCUGCCUCUGCUUCUGCAUAUACAUGCCAGUAUACCCCUUACGAAUAGCCUUGGUGGCCGCCCGAUCUCUCAUCGGCCAUCCUAACGCAUAAUACUUCCAACAAUACAAUCAUUUUUCUGAGACUUC